CACGGAUUCGUCCCGCCGGUGGCUCUGGGUGAGAUAGUGCGAGAAUUGUACUUCCGCCGAGCUGUGAUCGAUGUGGAGCGCAGGGUCCGGAGCGGCGACUGCGAGGGCGAGAGAUGGGCCAAAUGUCAAAUGAUGGUACGAUCUUACUAUAGGGCAGCAUGGAUACGCUGACGACAGCUGUUAAUGGAGGCUGCCUGUGGAGUGCCUGAAAGCGAUCGAUACUUUAAGCUGUGGCAUAGCUAGAGGUGUAUAAAGCUUGUCCGUCCCACAUACUUCGUUCCUAGGCUUCAGACUUCCUUUCUACCACUUCAAUCCAAAGCAUCAAAGCAAAAUUCCUUCAAAAUGGCAACCAACUUCCACUUCAUCAACAACGAGUUCAUCCCCGGCUCAUCCACCGCCACCUACGCCGUCUACAACCCCGCCAGCGACUCCCUCGUCGGCAACAUCAACCUCGCCCGCGAGUCCGAAGUCGACUCCGCCGUAUCUGCCGCCCGCGCGGCCUACGAGUCUGGACCAUGGAGCACCAUGACCGGCGCCCAGCGCGCAGCCCUCAUGCUCAAGUUCGCCGACCUGCUCGAAGCCAAUGCUGGAGAGAUUGCGAAGGCAGAGGUUCAAGCUAUGGGCCAGCCUGUGGGAAUCAUGCAAGGCGCAAUUGUGCCGAGUUGUGCGGGGACUUGGAGGUACUACGCAGGCUGGGCGGAUAAGAUUGAGGGGCAGACGUUCCCGGAGGAGGGCGGUUGGUGGAGAUGUACGCAGUAUGAGCCGUAUGGUGUUUGUGCGGGAAUUGGGCCUUGGAAUGUGACAAUUCUGACCAUGGCGUGGAAAAUGGCUCCCGCGCUGGCCGCCGGAAAUACAUUCGUCUUCAAGGCGUCAGAGAAGUCGCCGUAUAGUGUCCUGAUUCUAGCUCGUCUGUUCAAGGAAGCCGGGUUCCCGGCUGGAGUUGUCAACAUCCUCUCUGGAGAUGGCGCGACCGGCGCUCUUAUGGCCUCGCAUAUGGACAUUGAUAAGAUCUCGUUCACUGGCAGCGGCGCCAGCGGGCGUAAGGUCAUCGAUGCGGCGCAAAAGAGCAACAUGAAGAAGGUGACUCUGGAAUUGGGCGGCAAGUCGCCAUCUCUCGUGUUUGCUGAUGCGGAUAUCGAGAAUGCGCUCACUGGAAACUCCCAAGGCUUUCUCUUCAACAGCAGUCAAGCUUGCAUCGCCGCCUCGCGGCUCUUCGUCCACUCCUCCAUCGCCGACAAAUUCAUCGAGGGCCUGAAGGCGCGCUUCGCCGGCGCAGAGGGCAUCAUGGGCGACCCCUCCGAGCCGACCACCAUGCUGGGUCCGCUUGCCGACACUAAGCAGCUAGAGCGCGUACUGGGCUUCAUCGAGUCCGGCAAGUCCGAAGCGAAGCUGCUUGUCGGCGGCGAGCGUAAGGGUGACAAGGGCGCAUUUGUGCAGCCGACGAUUUUUCUGAACCCGGGCAAGGAGAGCAAGAUUUAUAAGGAGGAAAUCUUCGGCCCAGUAUUAUCCGUAUUGACAUUUGAGACAGAGGAGGAGGCUAUUAAGCUGGCGAAUGAUACGUCGUAUGGCCUUUCUGCUUGCAUAUACACCGGAAGCGCAUCGCGCGCUCUCCGUCUCGCGUCCAAGAUCAAGGCUGGCACCAUUGCGGUUAACGGCUCCUUCAUGCCAGACAACAACACGCCCUUCGGCGGGUACAAGAUGAGUGGUACCGGCAGGGAACUCGGAAAGGAGGGUUUGAUGGCGUAUCUGCAGGCGAAGACGAUCAAGAUCAACAUGGGUGUGUAAGCGCGAUGGGCGCAGUCAGUAAAGCCAAUAGUGAGAGAUGGAC